CAUCUGUAAAAAACGAGCGGAGGGAGUAUUAUCGAAUUUUCUAAAAUGGGCAUUCAAUCUUUUUAUUUUGUAAAAAUCAGAGUUGAAGUAUUAUACUACUCAGUUAAUUAUACACGACGACACCGCCUCACCCUCCUUAGCCGUAGAACUGAGCGAUCCAUAAACCCUGAACUCCAAAAUCCACCGGAAACCAUGUCCGACGACAAAACCACCGACCAAUACGGCGUUCUCCUCUACUACAAGUACGUCGAUAUUCCAAACCUCAAUGACCUCCUCACUUUCUACCGCUCCAACUGCUCUUCCCUCUCUCUCCUCGGCCGCGUUCGUCUCUCUUCCAACGGCGUCAAUGUCACCGUUGGUGGCAAUUUAUCCUCUUUGGAACGGCACAUUGAAGACCUCAAAGCCAAUAGUAACUUAUUUGAUGGGACUGAUUUCAAGCUUGCAACUUGUCAUCAGCCAUUAAACGACGAUGUUGCGAAGGAGUGUGGAUUCACUUCACUCUCGAUUCGAAUUGUUAAGGAACUGGUUACUUUGAGUUCUCAUCCAUUAUUGAAGUCACCAGAAAUAUCAAAUGCAGGAAGACAUUUAUCUGCACUUGAGUUCCAUUCUACCAUUCACAAUGCUAAUAAGGAGAGUCCAGAAAACAGCCUUGUUUUACUCGAUGCAAGGAAUUUGUAUGAAACAAGAAUUGGGAAAUUUCAUGCACCAAAUGUUGAAACCUUGGAUCCUCAAGUUCGGCAGUACAGCGAUUUUUCGUCAUGGAUAGAUGAUAGGGGUGAGCAGUUGAAAGGCAAAAAAAUUCUCAUGUAUUGUACUGGUGGAAUCAGGUGUGAAAUGGCAUCAGCAUAUAUAAGGUCAAAAGGUGCUGGGUUUGAGAAUGUGUUUCAGUUAUUUGGUGGUAUACAACGGUAUUUGGAGCAAUUCCCAGAUGGUGGUUAUUUCAAAGGAAAGAAUUUUGUUUUUGAUCACCGGAUAUCAGUUGGAGGUUCAGACGCCAGUACAGUUGGUAGCUGUCUUAUUUGUCAAUGUUCCUUUGACGAUUACUCUUCACGUUGUCGAUGUACUUAUUGCAGAAUGCUUGUCUUGGUUUGUCAUAGUUGUCAGAAUGAAUCUGCACUGUACGUUUGUGAGCUAUGCCAAAAACAGGGCAAGGCUGUUGGGUCAAAGCAGUUAAUUGAAAAUGAUGAUUCAAAAAAAUCACUGGAAGGUGACGAGUUCCCGAAUUUUUCGUCAGAUACUAUGUUCUUGCCUCAAAUGCUUAGGGGAGAUGACGUAAGAACCACAAGAAAACUGAGAAUCUUAUGCUUGCACGGGUUUCGGCAGAAUGCUUCCAGUUUUAAGGGAAGAACAGCAUCGUUAGCCAAAAAACUCAAGAAAAUUGCUGAAUUUGUUUUUGUAGACGCACCUCAUGAGGUGCCCUUCAUUUAUCAAACACCUGUGCCAGUGCACCAUGUCAAUGGUGCAUCAUUCUCUUUACCAGCUAGUCCUCCUCCACCUAUGGAGAAAUGCAAGAAGAAGUUCGCAUGGUUUUUGGCACCCAAUUUUGAUGGAAGUAAUGGUGUUGAUUGGAAGUUAGCAGAUGGUCCAUUUGAUCCACUUCAAUACCAGCAGCAAACGGCUGGAUAUGACAUUUCACUAUCACACUUAGAGAAUGUGUUCUCCCAAGAAGGGCCAUUCGAUGGAGUCUUGGGAUUUUCACAGGGAGCAGCAAUGACUGCUGUAAUCUCUGCACAACAAGAGAAGCUAAAAGGUAAAAUAGACUUCAAAUUUGUAGUUUUAUGUUCAGGCUUUGCUCUCCAUAUGAAGGAGAUGGAGUGUAGCCCUAUCAAGUGUCCUUCUCUUCAUAUUUUUGGUAAUGAACAUGGUCAGGACAGACAGAUAGCCAACCAAGUAAGCAAGGAACUUGCCUCUCUAUAUGAUGGCAGUUGUUCUGUCAUUGUUGAACAUGACUGUGGUCAUAUAAUUCCUACUCGAUCCCCAUAUAUUGACGAGAUCAAAGCUUUCCUUGGGCAAUUUCUGCAAGAGCUCUAACAAAAAACUCAAGUUUUUGAUACUAUUCAAAAUUUACUUGUUGCUUCAUAAGUUUCAUAUGUACUUUGUCCGAAAUUUGUGCAAUGCCCUAUGGUGAUGCAAUUGCGUAAUUUAAAUCUAGUUGAGCACACAAAUCUUGAUUAUAUCUCACAAGUGUGCGAGCUGUACGAUCAAACAGAUGAUUGUUAAGAAUGUUGUGAUUUAUAGAAUGGCAGAGGAUGCACACACAGCCGCUCAUCACUUCAUCUAGGGGCUGGGUUGUGGUUUGCAAGUUUGCUACUUUGCCUUGAAUCUAUUUAUCAUGUUUAUUCCUGUGUCUUUUCUUGCUUGGAAAAUCAACGCCUUUGUGACA